CUUUAUGUUUUUAAUUGGAUGGUACAAACAGACAUGCCGUCCUGACGUUUAGAAGCUGCGAGUGAUACAGCAAACACACAUACACGACAUGUAAACAAGCGUCACAAUGCUCCUUACCAUCUGUAAAUCAUGCCAGUACUGCCUGGAGACGAUGUACUGGAAAUGCUGCGAGGAAAAAUUCUGCUUUGACAAGAAAAUCGCCGCUUACAAACUAGACGAUCAUCCGAAUGGAUACUCGAACGGCUACGCUAACAUGGGCGCGAGCCUGGACAGCGUAGUCACAGAGCAGCCCAUCAACAACAACCACCUGCAGCAGAGAGACCUCAUCGGUCGGCAGCUCAACGAGCUGCCUAUACAUGCUGACAAAUUGUAUGAGGUAUUCUCCAAAUCCAUGAUAUUUAGAGACGACCACGAAUUAAAAUCCAAAGGCAGCAACGACUCUCUCGACGAACUUGAAACUAAAUCAGAACCAGACUACUUAGACAGACCAAAUAGAACCAAAGUAUAUUUCGAAGAUGAAGUAGAUUCUCCAGUCACCGACUUUGAAAUUAUGUUCAAAGAUGAACUUCUAGCAGGUCACGACAUGUUCAAAAUUGAGGAAGAAGAAGAAAGUGAUAGUAAAAGUCAAGAUACUGAAGAGGGCCUAGUUAUGAACGUAGAAGUUAAGAAACAAGAUGUAAUAAAACCUACUACAGUAACAGUCAAAGAUGAAUCCAAGAUAACGACUCAGAGUUCCAUUUAUAAGUACGAUCCCGUAUCAGUUGUGGCUUUACCAUCUUCGCUUUCUUUACCAAGAGUUGAAAGCGUGAAGGGAAUCCUAAGAUUAAAAGGCGAAAGUAUGCCUAGAAGUUUCAGUGCCAGGGCUUUGGAAAGACUAGACAGUGGCAGUAAAUUAGCAAAACCAACUCUUAACAGAGUAGAGAGCUUGAAAAAUGUAGACCCUAUGAAAAUUAACAAAGUAUUAUCACGAGUUCCACACAGAAGUGCAUCUUUCUUAAAUAUACCAGAACAUUUAAUACCAGAAAAGCCCCCGUUGACAAAGAGUAAGUCUACAAUAGGUGUGACGUCUUUAGAGCAAGAAGUUAAACUUGGAAGGUUGCCAGAUACACCAAUAAUAAGAAGUAAUAAUCUGCCGAGAUUCUUCGCCGAUAGUCCUUCACUCGCAGAAUAUAAGGGCGAUACUAGCUUGCAAAGCAUUAAACAGAAAUCUGCACUGAUGCUGCAAGAAGAUUAUAGUAUGCCUAGGUACUACGGUGCAGCAACACCAAUGGAAACAGUGCCAGUUCAUGAAAGCAAGUCUAUGCCUGAUUUGAGGAACCCCACUUCGACUGGUAAAGUUAGUAAAAGGUUAGUGAAAUUAAGGAGCAGGUUGAAGCCUCUAGUUAUCAGAAAGAAUUCGGAUGAGAAGUUAUAGACG